AUGGCCACUCUGCUGCGGAAAAUCGGGCUGAUCCGCCUGCACAACCGGGACACGGAGGACCCCAAGCACCACCACCACCGCAGCAGCAGCCAGCAGGGUUCCUCGUUCAGAGGCAGGGGCAACCAGAAGAACAGCAGCAACAAGCCGCAGCCGCAAGGCCCUCCCGCGGGCGGCGGCGGCUGCAGCAGCAGCAGCGAGAGCAGCCCCGGGGGCCACAAGAACAAGAAGGUGCCGGAGCUCGCCAAGCAGCCCCCACAGCCGCGCUCGGGCGGCGGCAGGGAGAAGCCGCGGGAGGCGGCCAAGGAGCCCGGCACGGGUAAGGAGGCGGCGCAGCGGCCCGGGUGCGGGUCGGGGCCGGCUCCGCUGGUGCCGCUGCCGUCGGGGUCUGGGCCGCUGGCGCCCGCGGGCCGGCAGCAGCAUUGCACGCAGGUGCGGACCCGGCGGCUGAUGAAGGAGCUGCAGGACAUCGCGCGGCUCAGCGACCGCUUCAUCUCCGUGGAGCUGGUGGACGAGAGUCUCUUCGACUGGAACGUGAAGCUACACCAGGUGGACAAGGACUCGGUGCUGUGGCAGGACAUGAAGGAGACCAAUACGGAGUACAUCCUGCUCAACCUCACCUUCCCCGACAACUUCCCCUUCUCGCCGCCCUUCAUGAGGGUGCUCAGCCCCCGCCUGGAGAAUGGCUACGUUCUUGACGGUGGAGCCAUCUGCAUGGAGCUGCUCACCCCUCGCGGCUGGUCCAGCGCCUACACCGUAGAGGCCGUCAUGAGGCAGUUUGCAGCCAGUUUGGUCAAGGGGCAGGGCCGUAUCUGCAGAAAAGCUGGCAAAUCAAAAAAGUCAUUCAGUCGAAAGGAAGCAGAAGCAACAUUUAAGAGUUUGGUGAAGACCCAUGAAAAAUAUGGGUGGGUCACUCCACCCGUCUCUGAUGGCUGAUGUUAGCAACCUGCACUUGACAGAAAUGCUGAACAAAAGUACUGUGACAUCUCCUCAGUGCUGUACUCCGCCCAUCCUUUUCUACUUCAGCUUCAGUUGCAUACCAUGAAU